AUGCCCAGCUGGAUGUUGGCGCUAAACAAGAGCGGAAGUGAUAAGAUGUUCAGGAUUGAUAAAUGGAGAGCUGACGACAAAACUUGCAGCAUCUCGACGUACAAAAUUUGUGUUGCAGUGGGAAUAAAAAUAAAAAUAAAAUCACUAAAAAUAGUGAGAGUAAGAAAAUGCGCACUUAAAGCUAUUAACAUCCUCAAGAUCAAGAGUAAGGACACGAGGUUACUUAGAAGUUCGCCUAUAUUUUAUUACACGAAAACGACGCAACAGACUACAUCUUCAAUCUUAUAUAGAGUACCAGCUGGAAAUUCAAAGGAAGCAAAAGUGCAAGUGAAGGAUCAGCCAAAAAAGAUAGAAAGAUCAAGAUUAAGAUUGACUUUUGAAGUGUGCGAUACCAGGCCAGUUGCAACAGGCAUCAACAUUUGGGAAUCAGUUGCCAAAGUCUUCACAUCAUCAAUGAGGAAAGAACUAUCUCAAAUAACCACAACUGCACAAAACAUUCACAGAAACAAAAUCAUAACAAACUAUUUGUAUAUAUUGAAAAAAAUCAUAAAAAUGAAAAAAAAAUCAAAAUUCUGA